AUGGCUUUUUCCUUCUCUCCUCUGGGACCUUUCUUCAUUAACAUCCCCGUCCAUGCAACAAAUCACAAGAGAAACUCGCCCAUCCGAAAUGAGGAGACUACCCCGAUAAAUGCCAGCAGUACUGAAGUCUUGGAAGAUAUACCCCCCAGUGGAGGGUACGGUUGGGUCUGCGCAUUUUGCGUUAUUUUGGUGAACGUACACACCUGGGGCAUCAGCAGCACCUGGGGAGUAAUCCUGGACUAUUUCCUGUCCAAUUCAACCUUCCCCAAUGGGACACAUCUGAAUUAUGCGUUUAUGGGCGGCCUAUCCAUCGCCACCAGUUUGUUCCUUGGCCUUGUUGUGAUGAAAACGUACAAGACGAUUGGAACCACGACCACACUGCUAUUAAGCACGUUGCUAAACUCUGGAGUGCCUUUUGCUGCCUCUGACAAAAUUUGGCACCUUCACUUCACACAAGUUGUCGUAAAUGGGUUUGGCUUGGGUUUCGUAUACCUUACCGCUAUGUCGGUUCUACUUCAGCGGUUCUCCAGCAGACGGAGCUUUGCCGUCGGUUUAGCUGCUACCGGCUCGGGCAUCGGUGGCCUUGCAUACAACCCGGGUGUAGGUCACAUUAUUCAGACGUUGGGGUUUAGGGAAACGUACCGGAUGUUAUCAUAUUGCAAUCUGGUCGCAGAUUUAGUAUCUGCACUCCUUCUGAAAGAUCGUAAACAAAGUCAGUCUCGGAGAGUUCCACGCACGUUCGAUUACCGUAGCAUCAGUCAAAUCGAUAGUCUCCUCUUAGGCUUUUGGGGCGUCACCACCGAGAUUGGGUACAUAACGUACGAUACUUGCUUCCUAACUAUGCCUCACCCAUCGGCCUUACUCCACAACGGGACUCGCUCCGUCGCAGGCGCCUCUCUCAGCCUGGGUUUAAUUAUAGGACGACCAAUUGUUGGCUAUCCUAGUGGUUCUUUUGGUCGUAUAACGAACCCUAUGCUGAUGACCGGCCUUUGCGGCACAUACGCCCUGUUACUCGCUUUUGCUAUCUUAGUCGGAACUGUCUAUGGAACUUUCUGGGGACCAAUGACGCCCAGUGAUGAUGGAGGUGGUCGGUCUCAGUCGUCUACCAUCCACAUUUGCGCUAAUCUGCCUUACGCUCUUUAUGUGGGAAGCAUCAUUCCGGGGGCGCUUAGUCUCUGGGUCCUACGGGUGUGGAAGCUUUAUGAUAUCGAGAAGACAUCGAAGGAAGUCUGCAAUAACAUGUCUGCGUUUCCGAGCUAUUUUGCAUGGAUUAGGCCUCGGAAGUUGUUCUUGACUGGUUGCGAAUAG